CUUUUCAAUAUUCGUACAUUAGUAGAAAACAUACGCGUCCCCGGUCCCUUAGCCCUUCUCUCCGACCUUACCCGUUCCAUCCGAACCCCGAACCCGAUUGAGGUUUCACAAAAAGCCAACGCAGUCAUUGGCUCGCCAAAGGUACCUUGCAGUACCGAAGCACGCCUCCUGUGGUGCGGUCAGCGGGUCGGGUGCAGUGGGCUUGGGUGUCUCGGCUCUGCAUUCAAACGUCACAGAUUCCCAUUUAGAAGCUCCCUAGAUGAUUCCUUCCCAGACUCAGUUAUUAACCUUCUUGCACUUCGACAACAACCGCCGAUAUGGGACUAGUUGUCGAUUAUGGAAGUUAUAUUCUCGUCGCCGUGGUCGUAGCCAUCCUCGUCAGUGCCGUCUCCAGGCCGGGUAAGGCCAUUACAAGAAACGGAAAGCCAUUAAAGAACCCCCCAGACACCCUCCCUCUGGUCGGCAACGGCAUCAAAUUCCUGCAAUCUCGCUGGGACUUACUCAGCUGGUUCGAGCAGUGUCAGCGGCAGUUCGGCUAUGAGACGGCUGCUCUGUGUGUGCCAACACUACCCCCGGGGGUGCUCAUCCACGACCCGCGGAACCUCGAGUUCGUCUUCAAAAACGAGGGACUAUUCACUAAGGGCGAGUUUGUGAAGAGGCGGGCUUGGGAUCUGUUUGGCAAUGGCAUCAUCAACGCCGAUGGCGACUUUUGGAAGCUGCAACGUAAGGCGGGCGCGGCUUUCCUCAACACGGCCAACCUGAGGGUGCUCACCGACGUGGCACUCCCUCAGUACCUAUCUGAGAGCGCCGACUACCUGAAGUCUAAUGCCGACAAGGGCACUGUUGACCUACAGCAUGUCUUUCACGAGAUUACAACCAAACUCAUGGGCAAGAUGGCUUACAACAUGGAAAUGCACGCCGACGACGAGUUCUCCCAGUCCUUUGACUACGCCUCUGGCGCCACAGCCGAACGCUUCCAGAACCCCCUAUGGCGCGUCACCGAACUCUUCACCGGUUCCAAAUUCCGCCGGUCCGUAGCCGUGAUCAAAACCUUCGGCCGCCGCAUCGUCACCAGCGCAGUCAAAGACCGGCACGAGCAAAAGUCCCGACACGAAACCGCCAACCCCCCAAACGAGGACAGCAAACUCGACCACAUCUCCGGCUCCCUAAUCCAAUCACUCCUCGAAGCGCUCGGCAACGAAGAAACCGUCGCCGACGCCGCGCUGACCUACCUCUCCGCAGGCCGCGACACCACCGGCCAAGCCCUAACCUGGACCUUCUACCUCCUCCUACAGCACCCCACCGCCAUCACCAAAAUCCGCGCCGAAGUCCAACAUCUCCUCUCCCAACAACCCCACCAACAACAACCCCAACAACAACCCUCACAAUCACCACCAGACAGCAGACUCUUCACCCCCUCCACCCUGCCCUACACCACCGCCGUCUUCCACGAGGCCCUGCGCCUCUUCCCGCCCAUCCCCUUCGAGAUCCGCCAGUGCCAGGCCGACACCGCCCUGCCCGACGGCACCCUGCUGCCGCGCCACUCCGUGCUGGUCUGGUGUCUGUGGGCCAUGCAGCGGUCGCGGUUGACGUGGGGGGCGGAUGCGGAUGCGUUUCGGCCGGAGCGUUUUCUUACUGGAGAGGGGGGGAAGAGGUUCGUGCUGGGUAAGAGCGCGGCGGAGUUUCCUGUCUUUUAUGGUGGUGCGAGGGCGUGUUUGGGGAGGAAGAUGGCCGAGGCGAUUGCCAUGCAGGUUAUUCCUGCUGUGGUGUGGGGGUUUGAUGUGGAGAAGGGGUGGGAGGGCCCGAUGGAGGGGAGGCGCAGCCAGACGAGCUUGACGUUGCCUAUGGAGGGCGGGUUGCCUGUUAGAGUGACGGUGAGGGCUGGAGGGGGCGAGUAGACAGGAGUGGAUGGGUAAGAUGAUGUUCUUU